UCUCUGCAGCGAGUCAAAGAGAAAGGCAAUAAAGGGAGACAGGAGCUGCACUUUAAGCGACGAGCGUCUCUGCCGUCCUGCUACACUGUAUAGUGAUCACUGCCCCCAGAUCUGUGAGAACACACAGGGACUGCUCUGGAAACAGCAGAGUUCAUCAAUGUAACUCCGCUCAGUCCGAAGCUGCGCCGUUUACCUGGAUAAGUCCAUCCAACGAGAGGAGAGAGGAAGAGACAAGAGACAGACUCGCGUGGAGUGUCGACGUGUACCCGUUCAGGAAAAAGAGAAGAAUAUGAUUUUCAAGCAGCACUUGAUCUUCAUCCUGUACAGCCUCUGUGCGAACGUCUUUAAAGUGGCUGGGACAAAAAGCAAAGCGAAAGGUAGCCAAGGUCAGUUCCCCAUAACUCAGAAUGUGACGGUGGUGGAGGGGCGCUCAGCCAACAUGACCUGUCGUGUGGAUUUCAAUGAUAACACUUCCCUCCAGUGGUCAAAUCCUGCACAACAGACCCUAUUCUUUGGGGACAAGAAAGCUCUGAGAGACCACAGAAUCGAGCUGGUGCGAGCCACGUCGCAGGAGCUUACUAUAAGAAUCGGUGACGUCGGCCUGUCAGACGAGGGCCUGUACACCUGCUCUCUCUUCACCAUGCCUGUCAAGACCACCAAGGCCUUUCUUACUGUUCUGGGAGUUCCAGGACGACCAGAGAUCACAGGAUUCACCAAACCGGCCAUGGAGGGGGACCUCAUCACCCUGACGUGCACCACAUCGGGCAGCAAACCAGCUGCCAACAUCAAGUGGUACAGAAACGACAAGGAGGUCCAAGGAACUACAAAGACAAAUGCCACUGGAAAAUCCUUCACAGUCAGGAGUAGUCUCAAAUUGCGUGUGGACAGACGAGAUGAUGGCGUCGCCUACACCUGCCAUGUGGACCACGUGUCUCUGUCCAACCCUUACAUGACCACUGAGGUCCUGGAGGUCCACUAUGCUCCCCAUCUGGAGAUCGCAAAAUCAUUGAUUAUUCCACAGGAAGGGCAAUACUUCAAACUGGAGUGUGUUUCCAUAGGCAACCCAAUACCUGAACCAGUGCUGUGGUCUAAAGAUGGAGGGGAGCUGCCAGACAUCGAGCGUAUGAUUGUGGAGGGCAGGGAACUAACCAUCACCACACUAAACAAAACAGACAACGGCACAUACCGCUGCGAGGCGAGCAACCACCUGGGGACCGACAGUGCUGAAUAUAUACUGUUUGUAUAUGCCAAAGACUUUCCAGGGCCUACAACAGAUCCCAAUGCUUUAGGACAACAUGGACCUGACCACGCCUUAAUCGGCGGCGUUGUUGCAGUCGUGGUCUUCAUCACCAUGUGUCUGAUAAUAGUUCUUGGACGAUAUCUGGCAAGACAUAAAGGAACGUACCUAACACAUGAGGCCAAAGGAGCAGAAGACGCACCCGACGCAGACACAGCCAUCAUCAAUGCUGAGGGGAACCAUGUGCAUGCAGAGGAAAAGAAAGAGUACUUCAUUUAGACUUCUGUUGCUCUUUCCCUUGGUUUCAUGACUACUUUUGACAGCAUACAUGCAAAUUUUAAGCUGCCUCAGCUUCACCACAUGAUCCGUUUUGCUUUACUUAUUCUUUUGUCUUCUACAGAAAGCUAAUGUUUGGAUAUGCUUGUUUUCAAAGCAUUUGCUGACAAUACAGGCUUCUUCUUUUGUAAUUAAUGUAAUCCAUGUACAAUUGAAAUUGUUUCCAUUUCUGUCUCACGGUGCCUAAAUGCUGUACAUUUUUCUGCAUUUCUUUCAUGGCUUGCAUUUUUUCUCUCUACUCAUUCUGACUUUACGUUACUCCACUUUAUGUACCUGUACUUUUUUUUCAUUAUGCAAACAGAAAUGUGCUUAAACUCGAGUUGGAGUUAAGUCUUAACUUUUCAAACUGUAGAAAAAUGUCAUCAUGUUGUCACACAUUAUCAUCAGAAGGUAUAAAAAGUGUGUUUUGGAAGUUUGCUAGCAUUAACCAUAGCAGGCCAUAACUACAUACAUUCACAGUGUCACAUUGAUAACAUAGAUAGACGACAUCUAGAUCAAAUCCAAUCCUUCUUAGCACUGUCUGAAUAUUUCUGCAUUGAUUGAUUUUCAUUUUUUACACAUGCUGUUGAUUUGUACCAACAUAGUUAAAAAGAUUAAAGCACAAAAGUCUGUGGACUGACAUGAGGGGAGAACACAACCACUGAUUCUUGUCUCAGGAUUCAAUACGAGUCGAGAUGGAGUGAUGGGUUCCACCCGAUAAAGAUUUUCAGUUCACUUGCCGUUACCGUCAUGGAUGAGAAACUUUGAUUUUGAUGUAAGAUCCAAACUGAAUGAGUGGAACCUCGUGACGGUUCAUUAUUUAUGUUGAAUUUAAUUGAACAACUAUGCUCAAUGUGUGGAUAUUGCUGUAAAAUACUUUGCUAACGUGAAUAUUGGUGAACAAUAUUGUUGAAUCUUGGGAUCUCUGAUACAUUGCAGUUUGUAUAUUAGCAUAUACAGUAUUUAAAGUAUUCCACAAGUCUUAAUUUCUGCCAAUUGUUUUACAAGAGGUUGUUUUGCCUGAUGUAAAUAAUGUGUAAGUAUUCAAUUUUAGUAAAAGAUCGAACACCGGUUAUAGAUUUUGGUUUCAGGUCAUUUCAUUUGAUGUCAAUUUGACGGGAUUCUUUUAACACUUUUUCAAACAGGGAUUCUGAUGAAUUACUUAAAAUGUAAAAAAAAAUAUGUUAAAAAAUAAAUGUAUUUAUUAUGAUUGACAUUUAUUAUAUGAUAAUAUAUUGAUUGAUAUUAUUGCUGUUACUAAAGUAGUUGUCUGACAUGAACUUUUCCAUUUUUUAAUUCUGUAACUUCUCAUAAAAACAAUACAAGGAUCACCGUUAUGGCCUUUGAGUUUGCUGCAAACAGUACUAAUGACAUGUUGAGGCAUUGGUGAAUCAGACAUCCCCUCACUGUAUAAAGUCACUGUAUCAAAGACAUGUCACCACAUUGCCAAUGCUCAUACAUGUUAUUUUGUUAGUUCCAUAUGAUGCUAUAAAUAAGUCAUUUUGUACAAAGUUUGAAUCGCUGUAAUUUAUUUGCUUUUUAUGGGGGAUGUGUGAGGUUUGCUUUUUUCUCAGUAUUGAAUAUUCAUUUUUCAACUAUGCCACUGUCAAAGAAAAAAAGAGAGAAAAAGAGAGACAAAGUGUGGAUUAAAAUAUGAACAACUUGAAAACUGCCA